GUAGUUCAAGGUCGUUGUGCAUCCACAAAAUGAAUCUGAGCUGUAGGUUUCUAGACGAAGAAUCUAUAUUAUGCAACGGUACACAGUACAAUAAACCCGAGAAACAACUUUCGAUACACGAUGAAUGGUUCUGGAUUUAUCUGGGUAUUUAUACGGCCCUCGUCCUAUUUGCUGGGCUGAUGUCUGGUCUUACAAUGGGACUGCUAUCUUUGGACCCAACAAAUAUACGGGUCUUAAUGGGAAGUGGUACCCCUCAAGAAAGAAAGUAUGCCGCCAGAAUUCUCCCAUUAGUACAACGCCACCAUCUGCUACUGGUGACAUUGCUUCUUGCCAACGCAGCGGCAGUAGAGUCAAUGCCAUUGUUUUUAGACAAGAUUUCCAACCCCGUUACAGCCAUUGUUGUCUCUGUAUCAGCUGUUUUACUAUUUGGAGAAGUUUUUCCGCAAGCAUUAUGCACGAGGUAUGGCCUUGCAAUCGGAGCUAAUCUAAGUCCACUUGUCUACCUGCUUAUGGGAUUAACAUUUAUAAUAUCGUACCCAAUAGCAAAACUGUUGGAUUGUCUACUUGGAAAGAACCAUGCAACAUUUUUCCGCCGUGCUGAGUUAAAGGUACUUGUGGAUAUUCAUGGUCCUUCUCAGAGGGAUGAAGGAGAUGGGAGUGAGGGGCAUGGACAAGAGGCAUUGAGCAUUGAUGAGGUUCUUAUUAUAAAGGGUGCAUUAGAUAUGAAGUACAAGACAGUGAAGGAUGCCAUGGUGCCUUUAGAGAGCGUCUUCAUGCUAAGUGACCAAGAUGUCAUGGAUUUUGAAACUAUGACUAAGAUCCUGUUAUCUAGCCAUUCAAGAAUUCCAGUAUACAGCAAUGAUCACAGUAACAUUCAAGGAAUAUUGCUCGUGAAGACUUUAAUAAAGCUUGAUCCUGAUGAUAGGACCGCAGUAAAGGAGCUCAUGAACCACCCCAAAGCAUUCCGCAAAGUACCUUUCGUGUUACAUACAACACCUCUGUUCGAUGUGUUAAAUGACUUUCAAACUGGCAAAAGUCAUCUUGCUAUAGUACAAGAACGGGGGCAACAACCAGAUCCCAACCACCCUGAUGAAUCACACAGAGGAAAGGUAGUUGGUAUCAUCACCCUAGAAGAUGUGAUGGAAGAACUGAUCCAAGAAGAAAUCAUUGAUGAGACAGAUGUUUUUGUAGAUGUUCAUAAGAGAAUACAAGUCGCAAGAGCAAAAGCAUCAAACAUUUGCCGUAGCACUUCAAUUACAGAUAAAUAUCCAAGAUUAAAUCGCAGCCAAUCAGAGACCAGUGCUACUGCAGGAGAGGUUAGACAAAGACCCCCAAGUAGCAAUGAACGAUUGGUUGAUGUAGAUGUGCCUGACAACACUCCACUAUUGGUCAACUUAUAA